CUACCAGGUAUCGAGUUUUGAGAGAUUUUUUAUCACAUUGUGUAUUAAGUGCUAUACCACAAGCGAAGUUAUUUAGAAAAUAGUACGUGCGGUGGUGUCAAUAUCGUUGAAGUGGUUUUUAAAUACAUACUAUGAAAUUCGAGAAAAUACCAUGUCGCUAUAUAAUAGCAUUGAUGAUAUUCACCAGUUCAUGCGCAAGUUUUAUGAUGCGCACGAAUUUGAAUGUGAAUCUAGUCGCCAUGGUUCCGGUUUCGAACAGUACUUAUUCAGAAACCCAAACGACUUUAGAUUGGACGCCAUAUCAGCGUGCAAAUGUUCUAUCAAGUCAUUUAUGGGGUGAUAUCUUGGCUUGUCUAAUCGGUGGACCCAUAGCGGAACGAUGGGGUGCUCGCUAUGUUGUUUUCUUUGGGAUCCUGGUCAGCGCUGUAUUGACAAUGGCUACUCCUGCCGCUGCCAAGCACAGUUAUAUAUCCAUGUUGGUCGUUAGAUUUAUACUUGGAUUUUUUACUGGAUUUAUUAAUCCAGGGUGCCACGUUUUACUAUCCAGAUGGGCAGUAGCAACUGAUAAAGGCAAAUUCUCUGGAGCACUGAUGGGUGGUAGCAUAGGCAUAUUUAUAGCUUGGAGUAUAUGCGGACAGCUCAUCGAACCUUUUGGUUGGGAAUGGGGAUUCUAUUUCUUUGGAAUCGUCAGUUUUCCACUAAUUGGUUUACUCUGGUUCUUGGUAUACGAUUCACCGGAAAAGCACCCUUACAUUUCUGAAAAGGAGAAACAAUACUUAACUGAUAACAUCCAAGUGCAACGUAAAAAACAAUCGAUUCCGUAUCGUCACAUUUUAACCUCGAUACCGUUUUGGUCAUUGGCGAUUAUAAACUUCGGAAGUGGCUGGGGAAUUUUCUUUGUCAUUACCGCAGCUCCAAACUAUAUCGCAAACGCCUUGGGCUUCAAUAUUGCAUCUACCGGAUUAUUAUCGGCAUUAACCUACUUAGCAAAAUCAACUUUCGCGAUCAUGUUUGGAUCAGUUGGAGACUUCCUAUUACAAAGAAAACUCGUUUCAUUGAAUAUGCUAAGAAAGUCUUCCACCUUUAUUUCUCACGUGAUACCGGGUUUGGGUCUUAUAGGUAUGGCAUAUCCCGGAAUGCAGCCAGCGUAUUAUAUCGCUUUGAUAACGGGGGUAAUGGCAAUGAAUGGCUCUGUGACUUUGACAACUGCUGUGAAUGGACACGACUUGACAAGGAAUUUCGCUGGCACCGUAAACGGCAUAGUGUUUGCAAUGAUGACUGUUGCAGGAAUAAUAACUCCUUAUGUUACUGCCUUUUUCACAAAGGACGAUGAGACAAGUGCAGCUUUAUGGCAGCCCGUGUUUUAUACGGGAGGUUCAGUAUUCAUGGCCACUGGAUUGCAAUUCUUGUUCCUGGGUUCGACAAAGACUCAAUAUUGGAAUGAUAUCACCAAAGAGAAAGAUGCAGAACAUCAAGAAAAAAAUUAAAUCACAUUCCUAUACUGCUCAAAGAAUGAAUAAUUAAUAAUACGUUCAACCUGAGCGACGGUAACCACUUACCAUCCGAUGCCAUCAGAUGUGCUCGCCUGCCUGUUCUGGCAAUAAAAAAAAACAAAAACUACGGGAACUUGGCAAAAAGUCCUAGUGACGCUCACAUGGGGAGCGCUUCGUUGUUCAUCCAUAGGUUAAUGGGUAUCUUAGGUGUUUGCGUAGCGAUAGCUUAGAAGUUAAUAUAUGUUAGACGUCGUGUGCUUAUUACGAGUAUUAAAUUCUUGCGGCUAUGCAACUGAUCAAAUUUUGUGACAAGUACCAAUUUACCUCCUAUAUAAGUCAACAAGCCGUACUCGCCCGCUUCGCUGGGCAUUUAAAAUUAACAUUAUUAUUUAUUGUCAUUAUUAUUAGGGAGUUCAACACUCAUAUAAAUAUUAGCCUAUCCAUUGAGUAAAUGUAUUUUCUACAUGGACACCAAGUUUCAAGUCAAUCGGAUGCAUGGUUCAGUAGUUAUAACGGAACAUCCGUAAAACCACUGUAGAUUUAUAUAUUAUUAUAGUAUAGAUAAAUACCCUUCAACCUAAUUUCUCAAGGUGGGUUGGGGCAAAUAGGCAGUCUAGUAAUUAAUUAAAUUUAAGUCAACUUAAAAAAUUGCUUUUCGAAUACCUAGAAUUCCGAAGUAAAAUGGCAAAAAACGGUACCCAUAAAUUUUAUCGUAAACAAUCUUGUCACUUUAAAUUCAUAUAAAAAGAAAACAUGUUUAUGACUAUAGUAUUACAUAUUUAUGACUACACUUUAAAUUCAUAUAAAAAGAAAACAUAUUUAUGACUACAGUAAGUAAGUCACGUUCAACUGUAAUUAUCGCUAAUUGAAUGACUAAUUUUAAAGAGAAAAUUUGAUUUUUAUGUUCAUAAAAACUCUUUCAAAAUUACGUAGGUACAGAAUGAAAAAUAAAUAAGCCAAAUCGGUCGAGCCUUUCUUAAGUAAUGCUUCGUCACAAAUGUGCCAUUAAUUUUUACUGCUUAGGUAUACUAGAUGUCGGCCACUAUGAUUGCAUUUUAAUGCAAAAGGUAACUAACUACCUACACAGGAUAAAUAUUUCAACUGGAGCUCUGACAAUACCUACCAUAAUUCGUUGUAAAUGUGCACGAUGAUACAACAUCCGAUCUUUAUGUGACUUUAAUCGCAAUAACUACGACUUUAAUGGACGGCUACGUUGUCGAGUAACAUGAUUUAACGAUAAACUUCGCGGGUCGUCUUUUGAAUUCGAACGUAUUGAAUAAAAUUAUGUAUAGUAUACGAAACUAUAGUAGUUGUACAUUUGCUGCAUAGUUGUCGCUUUGUGUUCCAGAAGUUAAGAUAUAGUAAGCACAAAAUAAAAAUAUGCCUAAA